AUGUCAGAUAAUACACCUCAAAAAAGAAUUAGAGCUUCAGGAGAAGUUUUAAAUUUUCUUAUAAAUGAAUUUAAUAAGAAUCAAAAUCCAAGUCCUGAUCGUAGAAAAUUUAUAAGUGAUAAAGCAUCAAUGAGUGAAAAAGCAGUGAGAAUUUGGUUUCAAAAUAGAAGAGCAAAACAAAGAAAACAUGAAAGACAAUCAUCAACAGUUAUUGGUGAUUUAAAUGAUAAUCACAUUCAAAAUUUUUAUUCAGCAAAUUCUUCAAACACUUCAUCAAAUGAUUCAUUAUCAUCACCAUCAAAGUUAAAUUCCAUAGAAGUUAAUGAUAAUUAUUGUUGUAUUGAUUCAUCUUCAUUAUCUGUUGGAUCAUGGCAAAGAAUUAAAAGUGGGAUACAUGAUGAAAAUUUAUUGAAAAACAAUUUAAUUAAUUUAUCUCCUUUCACUUUAAACAAUAUAAUGCAAAAUGUUGAUUUGUUGGUGAUAUUAUCUAAAAAGAAUCAUGAAUUAAAUUAUUUUUUCCUGGCUAUAUCAAAUGGUUCUAAAAUAUUGUUUAGAAUUUUUUAUCCAAUAAAUUCAAUCAUUAACUGUUCAAUUCAUAAUAAGUCUCAAAAUGAAGACAAUAAUGAAUUGAAAAUUUACCUCAAUAGACAACCAAAAUUUUCAGUAUAUUUUUUCAACGGAGUCAACUCUACUACAAAUCAAUGGUCAAUAUGUGAUGAUUUCAGUGAAGGUCAACAAGUAAGUCAAGCUUAUAAUGACCCAGUAAAUCAAUUUCACAAUCAAAAUAAUCCAAAUGCAAAUAUUCCACAUGUCAUUGUUGGUACUAAAUAUUCAUUAGGUUAUUUAUGCCGUUUCAUUAAUGAGAAUAAUUUAUAUAACCAAAAUCAAAAUCUAAAUCAUCAAAAUCAAAAUCAAAUCAAUUUUAUGACUGCAAAUCCAUCUGAUGUUAUAGCUCCAUUAAAACAUAAUUCAUUUGAUUAUGGAAUGAAUUCAACAAAUUUCAAUGAUUCAAAUAAUAACAACAAUUUAUAUACUCAACCAUCAUCAACAACAUCAUCAAAUUUCAUAUCGUCAUUACCAAUGGAUCAAUUAAAUAAUUUAAAUACUUCAAAUUUCAUUCAAAAUAAUCAAAGUUCUACAACAACAACAACAAUAUCAAAUACAAAUUCAACAAAUAUAAAUGAAUCUCCAUUUUCAGUUAGUUCAAAUCAAUUUUAUCAUUCUGAUACUCCUCAAUCUACUCAAUCUUUUAAUAAUUUAAAUUUAAAUGGUGGUGGUAAUGAAAAUAAAUUAAUUGGUGAUUUAAAUCUUAAUAAUUUAAAAACAACAACUCCAGAAGAAAUUUUAUUUCAUAAUGAUCAACAACAACAACAAAAGGAUUUGAAUUCAUAUACUCAUCUUAAUCAAUCGAAUCAAGGAAUACUAGGUCACAAUGAUUUAAACUUGUCGAAUCUUAAUAAUGAAUUUGAUUUUACUGAGUUUAGUAGUGUUGGAAAUCAUGGAGAUUCUUCAACUACCAUAAUUACUAAUUUACAACCACCAAUUAAUAAUUCAUCACCAGCAAAUCAUCCAAUAGAUUUUAUGGAUUUUGGAAAUUAG